AUGGAUCCGACUUUAAUUGAAUAUACCCCACAGUUGGAAAGUACAUUUCCAAGACAGAGCUUCAUCAUGAAGAUCGGAGAACACCCAAAGCAAAUCGGAGGAAAGAUUAUUGAAAAGCACUCAUUCUUUUCAUACAUUUUUUUUUACUUCUUUGUCCAUCGGUUCAAGAGUGAGAAAAUUCUUAGUAAUAAUCGACAACUUGCCGGUGAUAGAUCCGAUGACGCCCGGGAUGAUAGAUCCAAUGACGCCCAGGAUGAUAGAUCCGAUGAGGACAAGGAUGAUAGAUCCAAUGACACUCAGGAUGAUAGAUCCAAUGACGCUCAGGAUGACAGAUCCAAUGACGCUCAGGGUGAUAGAUCCAAUGACGCCCGGGAUGAUAGAUCCAAUGACGCCCAGGAUGAUAGAUCCAAUGAGGACCAGGAUGAUAGAUCCAAUGACACUCAGGAUGAUAGAUCCAAUGACGCUCAGGAUGACAGAUCCAAUGACGCUCAGGAUGAUAGAUCCAAUGACGCUCAGGGUGAUAGAUCCAAUGACGCUCAGGGUGAUAGAUCCGAUGAUGCUCAGGAUGAUAGAUCAGAAGAUGCUCAGGAUGAUAGAUCCAAUGACGCUCAGGAUGACAGAUCCAAUGACGCUCAGGGUGAUAGAUCCAAUGACGCCCGGGAUGAUAGAUCCAAUGACGCCCAGGAUGAUAGAUCCAAUGAGGACCAGGAUGAUAGAUCCAAUGACACUCAGGAUGAUAGAUCCAAUGACGCUCAGGAUGACAGAUCCAAUGACGCUCAGGAUGAUAGAUCCAAUGACGCUCAGGGUGAUAGAUCCAAUGACGCUCAGGGUGAUAGAUCCGAUGAUGCUCAGGAUGAUAGAUCCGAUGACGCUCAGGGUGAUAGAUCCAAUGACGCUCUGGAUGAUAGAUCCGAUGACGCCCGGAAUGAUAGAUCCAAUGACACCCAGGAUGAUAGAUCAGAUGAGGACCAGGAUGAUAGAUCCAAUGACGCUCAGGGUGAUAGAUCCAAUGACGUACAGGGUGAUAGAUCCGAUGACGCUCAGGGUGAUAGAUCCGAUGAUGCUCAGGAUGAUAUAUCAGAUGACGCUCAGGGUGAUAGAUCCAAUGACGCUCAGGAUGAUAGAUCCGAUGAGAACCAGGAUGACAGAUCCAAUGACGCUCAGGAUGAUAGAUCAGAUGAUGCUCAGGAUGAUAGAUCCGAUGACACUCAGGGUGAUAGAUCCAAUGACGCUCAGGGUGAUAGAUCCGAUGAUGCUCAGGAUUAUAGAUUUGAUGACGAUCAGGAUGAUAGAUCCGAUGACGCUCAGGGUGAUAGAUCCAAUGAUGCUCAGGGUGAUAGAUCCGAUGAUGCUCAGGAUGAUAGAUUUGAUGACGAUCAGGAUGAUAGAUCCAAUGACGCUCAGGGUGAUAGAUCCAAUGACGCUCUGGAUGAUAGAUCUGAUGACGCUCAGGAUGAUAGAUUUGAUUACGAUCAGGAUGAUAGAUCCGAUGACGCCCAGGAUGAUAGAUCAGAUGACGCUCAGGAUGAUAGAUCAGAAGAUGCUCAGGAUGAUAGAUCCGAUGAUGCUCAGGAUGAUUGA